CUUCUUCCUGGUCACGUGCCCCCACCCCCCACCUCAGUCGUCCCUCUCACACCACACAAGAAAACAACGCCGAUUUAAAAACUCGAUUGCAAAAAGAGCUCACAAAAUAACUCGAAGCCCAGGAACGGGACUCGAAAUUACCAAUUGGACAAUGGAAGCAGGUGAUUUGGAUACCGAAAAUGCUUCGGUCUCGGACGCUGCUCCUUCGCGCGACUUCCGAAUCAUCUACCAAAAGGUGUUUCCGUUCCCGGCGCGUCACGACUUGAUUGCUUGGAGUCCACAGCUCGAUCUACUCGCCGUCGUUACGGACAACGGCAAUGUCCUGCUGUAUCGCAUGAACGGACAACGCGUCUGGGGAAUUACGUACAAGCCCGGAAACGGCGGGGUAGAACGGCUUCAAUGGCGUCCAGAUGGAAAGAUGUUGGCUCUAGGCUACAACGACGGAUCGACGCGGAUAUACGACGUUAACAACGGCAAGGCGAUCCACCAAAUCGUCUCCGAGUCUCCCGAGUUUGGCCGAGUGACCUGUAUGGGAUGGGCCGACAACCACUCCCACGCCUCCAGACACAAUCAACCGUUGGACGCAAAAUCGGCUGAAUGUACGCCGCAGGCUUUGUUCGACUUGGACAUCGGCUCCAUGCUGCCGCGGCUUAGUGUCCUGCCGCCUUCAUCUGGACCCGAGAGCACCUUCACAUCCAAGACCACACUCGACGCCCUGAUCAAUACUGUUGCCAAAGGAGGAGAGGGUAGCCAUCUCGAUGUGCUGCUGAUUGGCGAAGAGGGUGGGAAGGUGAUUCUGAAUGUGUUCGAAUCCUUCCUGAUCGGCACGAUGGAGCUCUCGUCACUGUGCCACCAGUUGAAGCGUGGCUCGACACUUCUGCGGCACACAGCGUCUCCCAACCUCUCUACACACUCCCUCUUAAUCUCGGAAUAUAAGACUGGAAACCUGCUGUUUUCGACCAUGGACAUACUGUUUAUUGAACAGUUUGGUCAAUACUUGUUUCAGCUUGCGUCCACAUCUACACGCGUUCAGGCAUUGAUUAGGUACAUGCGGGAAACGGUGACGAGUAUCGCAACUGAAUUCAAGUCGAUGAAUGAUAUAGCGCAGAGAUACAUCAGCAUUGUCGACGAAGAUCUGGAGAAGGUCGGCAGCGAGGCGGCACUGGAGUUUUAUGAGUUCUUGGUCACUGGAGUCCCAUCUCCCACGCUGAAGGAGUGGCUGGUAGAUGUGUUGACUGAGAGAGGUCAAAAACGAUGGGAGAAGAGUUCGCUUGCUGGCUACGAGAUGCUGAGAAGAUUGGUUCACGAGAGCUUACUUCCGACAUGUGAACGGCUAGUGGUGCUUUUCUCUCGGUUGAGAGGGUUAGCUAGAUGGAAAGAGAGCGGCAGUCCUCUAGGUCUCGAACCUGACGAUUUCACCCGCUGUCUGGAAGUAGUUGGCGGUAUCAAUCUUUACGCGCACGAGUUUCUCCAGGGCAUCAACAAUGAGCUGGACCACUACAAGGCGUUCAUAAACUGGUUGCGCUAUUCUCUUGACCAGAUCUCGACCGUCAUCAACAUCGAUGACAACAAGCCUACCGAAGACCCUCAAGUGGACGUCCUCAAGGUGGCAGAUUACAUCAGCCAGUAUCUCAAGAAAUCAUCGCUCGAGUCUUACUUGAAGAGUGACACUGCUACUAAGCUCAGCGAUUACAAGAACAGAGGGGAGAGCAUCUUCGAACUCUAUUCCAAGGACAGCAAAUCGAAAAAUGUCCCCGGACUCAUGGAAUUGGCUGAAUACUUGGAUGAGCUCUGCAAGACUGUGUUCUCAAAGCCCCAGGCGGCUAUGAGGCAGCAGUUGCGAAUCAGCAAUCCGCUGCUUCUCAGCCCGGAGAAACUCGAGAUCGUGGAAAUGAGGAUGGUCAAGAACGAUCAAGCUUAUAUUUGUGUUUUCCCCGGCAAGGACAAAGGAGGCUUUUUCUACAUGAUCAGCUGUGAGAUCGCCAUCAGCGGCGGACUGAGUUCGUCAUCGAAGGUUGGCUGCGCCAAGAUACAGCUUCCUGAUGAAACGUUCAUCGCAGACCUCAAGUUUGUCGACCACAAAAUGAUAAUUGUGAUCGUCCAAGAUCUAGUCACCAAAGACACCGAGGUCGUAACGGUUGACUUCACCGAACUCGAGUACGAUUCCGGAUUCCAGCUUCCAAAAUCGUCAAAGAGCAUCUACAGCCACGCAACAUCCCUCAAAGCACAGGAGCUCAUAGCGGUUUCUAGAAGAACGUUUGAUUCCUCCUGGGUUCCGAGACAGGUUGCCGUCAAUGGAAAGCUUGACAGAAGGGUUGGAUGCUUGAUUGCGGCUGACAGCAUGAAGUACAUCAUCUUUGAUAUGGAUCACAGUGAGGAAGAUGUGGAGGCGGCCGAGGCGGCGGAUGACACUAUGGAGUACGAGGAGUACGAGGAGGAGGAGUACGAUGAGUACGAGGAGGAGGAGGAGGAGUAGAAGGGGGGGGCGGGCAUAGAUACUCGGUUCAUUUCGCCAUCCAUCAUUCAAGGCGCAUUGCAUAAUUCAUGGCGUUUCGGGGGGCGCAAGGAAUACUACACAGAUUUCACGCUACGUCUACAUAUCACUGUAACACUGUUUGAGCUGGGCUUGAGUUCGUGUUGGGGGACAAGAAUGUAGAGUAGAUGCAAGCAAGCUCCAGGUGCAGAUGACAUGUAGGCAGAGUACCGUCGACCGCGGUAUGUACAUACGGUAUGUACGGUAUGUACGAUGUACGGCGCUGCAGCCGGCAGCACGUCUC